GUGCAAUUUCUGGAACUAGUUUUCAAUAUGAAACUGAGGUUAUUAGUGGUACGUUGUUUCCAGAAUUUGAAGAAACAUUUGAAUUCACUGUUCCGCCUGAGGAGUUUUCGUCGAGGGCUGUGCUGUUUCACAUUUUCGACAAGGAAACUGUUGGUAGCAACAAUUCACUUGGACAAGUCAACAUAGAGCUCAAGUACUUAGACUUGGAUGAGCCAAUCAGAAAACGAUACCCUCUAGCUGAUCUGAAAAAUGAAUCUUACAAGAGAGCAGAAUGGGCACAGAAUGCCGUAGCUCAGGAGUUCAGGGAGGCCAUGUACGCGCAUGCGUUGUACAGACAUCCCAUUUUCUUGCGUGGUAUCGAAACUAAAGGGCGGAAGUUGUACUCAUUGAGCAGUCGCAGCGCCGGUUCAUCCUCCAAAGUGUUCCUGGUCAAUGGUAUACCCGGUUAAACUAACCGUCGUUCUUCUUGGAAGACUUUUUUAUGACCUAUCAAAGAACUAAGAAGCUUUAACAUCCUUACUUGCAAACGCACAUACAUGUCCUAUCAAUGGCCUUAUCUAGAUACUCCUGUAGCUAAACUCAGUUGCUUUUGAGCUGAAUUGUUCGGAGCACUUUUCGAGUACGUUAUUUUCGCGCGUGGAAAAAGGCAAACUGUAUGUAAAUAGCGAUAUGGACAUGUAGGUACCUUGAAAUUUUAUUAUCGCUUCGGUAAGUUGUUUUCAGGACUUUGAAUAGUUAAAUUCCGUCC